AUGGUUCAUUUGCUACAGUUUGACUCGCUUUUGACAGGAUACAGAUGGGCUCCGCGCUAUCUGGUCAUCGGCGAAUCCCUUCUUCAAUAUACCAACCUCACGCCGGAUAUGAGCGUGAAGAUCUCUGAUUUCGGAGCCGGCACUAUAUCAGGUUAUCAUGCCGUCAGCUAUGGCCAUUUAGUUGGCGAAAUCGUACGCCGCGUCAGUGGCAAGAGCCUUCGCGACUUUGUCCAAGACGAGAUUGCACGUCCAUUAGACGCCGAUUACCAGGUUGGAGCUCGCGAGUCUGACUGGCACCGUGUUGCGGAAAUCAUUCCUCCACCGACUCUCGACACAAGCAUGUUCGGUGCCGUGGAUCCCGAAGGAGUCAUGAUGAAGACGGUGGCGUUUGCGCUCAACAGCUCAACCGCACCAAAUACACCAGGCUUUCCACGUGCUCAGAUUGGCGCGAUUAAUGGACAUAUGAAUGCUCGGGCGAUCGGUCGUAUCUUCUCUGCCUUGGUCGCGGACAGGAAGCAGCGUCUGCUAUUGCAACAAACGAUAGACAGGAUCUUGGAGAUACAGUAUAAAGGAACUGACGUGGUGACUCUAGUGCCCAUUUGUUGGGGCAUUGGGUUCGGCCUAUCGCAUCCUGAUACUACGCCUUAUAUACCAGAAGGCAGGGUCAUUUUCUGGACAGGAUGGGGUGGAUCAAUCCUUCUCAUCGACUUCGAGAAACAGCUGGUUAUUGGCUAUGCGAUGAAUAAGAUGGGUCAAGAGGGGUACACAGGAAGUGAGCGCACGCAACAAUACGUCGAGGCAAUCUACAAAGCUGUGCAGCAAAAAUUGUAG